CGGUUCUGUAUGCAGUUGCAGUAUGAGCCUCGCCUGUCUGGUUGCAAGCAGAAAGGAGGGAUAAAGUGUAGCGUUUAAAAGGACGAAUGCAGAACGUUAAAUGUGAAGGAAUUUCUUUCUGAACUUGGACCUUUUUAAAAAUGUACACUUGGCGAUGCUUUCUCGCCAUUAUAUUUGUACUUGUUUGGUACUUCUCAGAGUUUGGACAAAUAUGGACACAAGCUUUCAUUUGUUUUUUAUGCUUUUUAAAUGUCCCUUUCAAAAAGCAAGACUGCGAAACAAGCACUCAGACGGAUGAUACACUUGAGGAAACAGCACCACAGUCAAAGACAGGUCACAAUGUUGGUGCCUUUGAUGAUAUUGAUGCCACCACCAGAACCGGACAAAUUCCAUCUCAGACAAUGCAAUAUCCAAAUGUACACAGGUCACUCCUCCGGGUGUUUAAAUGUGCCUAUACUCACCUGGUUCAGCCAUGGUACACUGUCCCAGAACUUGGCGACAGUCAGCCCCUAUAUAGGACACUACAGAAGGAGUAUAACUUUGUUGUGGAGAAAAUUAUUUUCAAGGCCAAGAACUUCGAUCUGUCUGCUACCAGUGUGGGUUGUAUUAAAAUCUUCACUCAGCACCUGCAUAAUGCAAAACAGUCAGACAGUUCUCCAUUGUUUGGUUCACGUUCAGAGGAAAUGGCAGUCCUCAGAACUUUCUCUGAAGCUCUGGUGCGAAAACUUUUCCCUGAGUACCUCUGGGAAGCAAAACUCUACCAGUGUGUCCUAACUGAGAUUGUGGCUACAAAAGCACUUGAUGUGCUUGUGACAUUCCUCUGUAAUCCAGACAACCUGAAUCAGAUGGUGGUUUUGCAGUUGGAUAGAGUAACUUCUAAAGGCUCAACAGGAGACCUGGUGAACUCAGAUAGGGAAGUCACACCAUCCCAAAUGGGAAGUGAAGAAGCAGAGGAAUUGACAGAUGAAGCAGAGGACGGUCGGUCUGAAGACAUAAAAGGAAAGAAGAAGGGUGAUGUAUCUUUCUCUUUCAUCUCGGUAAUUUGAUUGAUGAGCAGUAUGUGUACGUAAAUAAUAUAAUAAAGUGUAAUUUGAUUUCUUUUUUCUUUUUUCUAAGUAGGCAGUAGAAUCAAAGAACAAUUUUCUAAAUUUGUUGAUAAGGUCAAGUCAAAGAAAGCCCAAAGGAAAAAACAUAAGAAGGAGCAACAGCUUUUUCAGAGGGCUUUAUCAGCACGUAGAUCUGCUGUUAUUGAAGAUGAUAGUGCAAGCAGCAGAGAGGGCUCCAUCGGAAGCUCCUUGGACUGUGAUUGUGACAGUGAAACGGAUGUUUACUCAAGAACUGAGGAUAUGAUGGAGUUUAAGCUUUCCUAUGAGAUGUGGCGGGUGGGGAAAUGGGCAGCCCGUGUUACAAAUGUUCAGCAGGAAAAUGAAGAGCUGUGUUUUACAGUUCACCUGGAGGAGAGAAAUAACCCUGAGAAUCUCCACUGGGAUGUGAAAAAGACCCAGUCAGAUAUACUUCGUUUUCAUAACCUCUGGCAGGCCAGAGAGGAAAUGGAUACUUCCAAUUUACCCUCUAUAUCUGCAAUAGUAGAAAACACAAAAAAGGAACUUGAUGACUCGUAUGAAGAGGAAGUGAGAUCAGCCUUUGAGCACUUUUUACAGGAGCUGGUUUCUGAUGCACAGCUUGGUCACACUCAGCCUGUAUUCCAGUUCUUGGGCCCUUUUGCACAGCUGAUGAGUGAUAAUGAACAUGAGGGAGGUGUCUGGAGUCUUCUGAAUGGACUUGCAAGCUUCCUUACUCCUAGCCAAGAUGAGGAAGAGUCGCAUAACAGCAGAGAAGAGGAUAAGCUUGAUGAAGCAGGAGCCUCAACACAUCACGGUGGACCGACAGCACAGCCAGCCUGCAUUGGCACAGAUGAAGAGCCAAAGGGGGAAGGGCCAAAAGCUACAAAUGUACAGUUUUGUACCCCCCAUGAAGAGACUGACCCCUUCAAAAGUAGAGAACCAGAUAUACAAGACAACGAUCAGAUCUCUGAUGAUCCUGAUGUGGUUUCUGAUGGGCAGGAGAGUCUUGCUGAGAGCUUAGAUACCUUUGUUAAUAGGUCAAAACUAGUAAUUCCCGCAGGACACUCUAAUGAUAUCUCAAGCUCAGUAAUGAGCCAUUCUGAAGUCUUACAGUCUGAGUCGGUCGAUGGCUUUAGAAGUGCCCAGUCUGGAGGCAAAACAAACAAAAAAGAAAAGUUUACUCAAAAAAAGUCAAAUGGAUUGCAAAAAUCCAAAGUAAAAGAGAAAACGGGACAGUUCAAGGACGAGGUGACAAAUCAGCCUCAGGCUCAGAAAAAGGAACCCCAGACCAAUUGGGAGCAGGUUGAGGCCACCAAAGCCAUAUUUGAUUUAUUGAAGGAAAUAACUGGUAACUCAUUCCUCAUUAAUAUUGUUGAUGCCAUUCUAAAACCAGUCCAGCCUUUGGUAAAAAAGAAAAUAAACAACUUUUUAAAAAGGAUGCAUCCUACCGAAGAUCAGAUUGCAUCCUACAUUGACAAUUUCCGGGAAAAGUUAUGGCCAGAUGGAAACGUGCCCUACCAGCCGCCACGUGACAGUGAGGAGAAACAAGAGACCAGGGAAAAGGCUUUGCAGCUUAUAAAUUCAAAAUAUUCAAACUCUCUAAUCCUCAAGAAGACUGAUGUGGAAACUUUGUUUAAGAUAUUCCAGGACACGGAGGAGAACAAGAAACUGGUUUAUAGGCUGCUUUCGUAUGUUCUAAGGGAGUUCCUGCCUGGAGAGCCUGCCUUUAGUUCAAUAGCUAAUCUAACUGUGAAGAAUUGUGUUUCAUAAUAGAAACAGGAUCUUUUAUUAUUUUAAUAAUGUGUCUAAUGUUUUUAAAUGUGCAUUAUUUAAUAUUUUAUAUGAAUAUUCUUCAAAGAUGCAUUCUGAUAUACCUCAGAGAGGUCAUGAGCAGCAUGAACACUAUUGAAUUUUUUUUUUUAUUCAACAAAAAUGUUAUCCUCUGUUUGCUUUAGCUACUGUGAUUAUGGUUCAUCUAAAAAAAAUCACAAUAUAUUGGGUGUAAAUUUUAAUUUUUUUUUUUUUUAAAUGAUCACUGUAUAAGUUAACUUUUUGUUUUGUUCCUUAAAAUUGUACACUGUGAAUGACUGUUUUUCUGUUUUAUAACCGCACAGCUUACUCAGAACAAAAUAGAUAGUCAUUAUGUUACUGAUUAUGUUUUUACAACAAGACUUAAUACAGGGUCUGUGAGGAAUGUAUUUGAAUAAUAUUGGCAAUAAAUAUAUUUUACUACUAA